CUCUGCAUGCAUCAACUGUGGCUAAACAUCAACUGACAUAAAAACGAAAAAACGGCUGGUUUUUGGUUUCUGCUUACGUCAAUUAUUCCCAGAAAACAGAGUAGCCUAAUAAAACGUACCCUGCUCAAUGAAUUAGGGGGAAACGAAACCCAGGAAACAUGAUGUCAUACCUAGUAAAACGAGUCAAACAGGCUCGCCUUUCACUCAGAGCAUUCACUGUGGACCGGGAAGAGUUGGCCACCGCACCACCGCGAAGGGUUCGUUCAGCGACCCGUUAAAGUAUGGAUGGACCAACGAAAAACACAGGGGGUAGAGAAUCCAUGAAGAGAAAUUAUGGAAGAGGUGACAACGACUCUUUCAGGGGAGAGACGAGUGCCAGUAGUGAGUCUAGAAAUAGUAAAAGGAGGAGAACACAGUGGGGGGAAGACGGCACGGCUGCUACAGGGAGAGCUGGACCAUGGGAGGACAGAGGAGGGAUAGGAGGAAGAAGAGGAGGUUGGAGGGAUCAAAGACGCCCUGAUGUGAGUCAAGUAGGCAGAGGACAAGGGAGAGGGACAAGUUGGGGAGGAGGUAGAUCAUGGAGGGGAGGAGACGCCAGAGGCGGCAGGGGUGGUAGGCGGGGUUGGAUGGCCCCUGGAGCAGGUCAAUGUGGUAGUCGGGGUCGGGGGGGCGGUCGCGGAUCAAGACCCAGAGCGCCUCAUUCGAGGUCAGCCCCCCCCAGCGACACCAGGGGGGGGGCGUCACACGGUCGCAGGAUGACCUACACGAUGCUGGCGGAGCUCUCGGAGAAACCGCCCUCCGAGGUGGCCAUCACCCUCUCCUCCUCUCCUGCCUUUCAAGCGCUCCUGGAGGAGCGAGAUAUCCGGCCUGACCUCGUGCAGCUGGUUUGCUCUGCCCUGAGCAGGGCCUUCCAGUCGCGCGUGGAUAGGAGCACGGUCCAGCACCUUGCUGGUGUGGUGAAGGACAGCGGGUUCCUGCGCACCAUCCUCCCGCAAUACGUAGGUGGAAUGAGUUCAGAGUCCGACCCCACCCGCAGGGAACAGUACCCGCAGCACUUUGACAACAUGAUAGCUGUCCUGUCUAAGGUGCUCAGCAUCUUCCCAGCCAGCUCAGUCCAGGCUGUGUCUGUACUGGUGGUUCUCUUGCGGGCCUCUCUCAUUGGCCUGAGGGACUCUGGGGUUGACAUCGCACGUCCAACUGAAGAAAAGCUGGAAGACAUCCAUGCUUUAAGCCAGCAACUCCAAGAGAGAUCCAGGGAGGGAAGCCUGCGUUCAGACCGGGACCUCCUUCCACUCUUAUCCGACCAACUCGACAACCAAGGUGAGGAAGAUCUGGAGAACUUUCGUACAAUACCCAUCUAUCCAACCAGAGAGGAGUUCCAUGAAAAUAAGACACCCUACCUGAGGCCCAACGCCACUACUCGCCAAUACGCCAACACAGAAACCUACCUCGACACGCACUUCCGACUGCUGAGAGAGGACUUUGUGCGGCCUCUACGUGAGGGGAUCCAGAGAUUGAUCUCGAGCGAUUUGGACAUGGGGAAGAAUACCCAGCAGCUUAAGAAGGAGCGCUUCAACGACAUCAGUGUGUACUUUGACGCCAAACUGGAGUCGCCUCUGUGCACUCGUUCAGGCUUAGCCUAUGUUAUCAAAUUUGACGUUGAGCCUCUGAAGUUUGUUCGCUGGGAAAGCUCAAAGCGGUUACUCUAUGGUUCUUUGUUGUGCAUGUCGUGUGACAAUUUUGAGAGCAUCCUGUUUGCUACAAUAUCUGAACGAGAGCUGAAAGACGUGAAGAAAGGCAUAAUUCAGGUCAUCUUUUCUGAUGAGAGCAAACAAAAGCUGGCAACCAUGCAGACCAAUCUGCCGUUUCUGAUGGUGGAGACGUCUGCCUACUUUGAGGCCUACCGUCAUGUUCUGGAGGGCCUGCAGGAAGUACAGGGAGAUGAGCUUCCCUUUCAGAGGUAUAUAGUGGAGUGCAGCCCAGAUGUGCAACCCCCACGGUAUCUGAGGGAAAACGACAUGUACAACCUGGAACAGGUGGCAGACCCUAAGAAGAACCAGAAGUUCGAGCCCUUUCACUGCCUCAGGCCUGCUGACUGGCCUGCCAAGGAGACCCUCGACCUGGACGAGUCUCAGAUGGAAGCCUUUCAAUUGGCUCUCACUAAGGAGCUAGCCAUCAUACAAGGACCCCCUGGCACUGGGAAGACCCAUGUCGGCCUUAAAAUCGCCAAGGCUCUGUUGACCAACCAGGGACUCUGGAGUGCCGAUCAGGAGGCUGCGCCAAUGCUUGUCGUGUGUUACACAAACCACGCUUUGGACCAGUUCCUGGAGGGUAUCCAUACAUUUCUAAGAAAUGGCAUUGUGAGAGUUGGGGGCCGGAGCAACAGCGAGGACCUGAAGCCCUUCAACCUUAAACAUCUAAUGGAAGACUUCCGCAAGGGGAAUUUGGAUAUAAACAUGCCCAAUCACCUACGAUAUGCUUUUACAGAGAUUAUAAGCAAUAUAAGAAGUCGGGAGGAUGAAAUCAAUGAUAAAUCGGUACAACUACAGUGCAGUCAGAAGGGGGUCCUCCGGGAGAACAUUCUACAGAAUUACAUUUCAGAUAGACACUGGCCCAGUCUGGAACUGCCUUACUGCCCUGGCUGGUACGAAGAGCUGCAUUCAAGAGAAAAAAGGCAGAGUCCGAUGGUUGAGUGGUUGGGAUUAGGUCCCACAUUCUUCCAGCAGGAAGCGGAAGAGGAAGCACAUGAAGACCCAGAAUCUGACCCAGAAGCGGAAGCGGAUGAGAUGAUCCAGAUCGCUGAGGAAGCAGACCAGAUUCACAAUGAGCGAUUUAUGGAAGUCAGCUUUGAGCGUCCAAAUUUGAGGAUGAUAAGGCAGCAGGAAGUGCACCAGGCAGAGGAACAGAUUCUGGCAAUGAACUUUAAGAAUGUCCGCCGACAGGGGGGCCAGAGUGACCGGGAAUGGCGGAUGCAAAGAAACCAGAGGAAAUGUAUGAAGAGAAAAUUCCGGAAGGAACUGGAUAAGGAAUCAGAUAUGACUGAAGCAGAGGAAAUGGCCAUAGAUGACGUUCGGCAACUGAGUUUUGCAGAACGAUGGAGACUUUAUCGGCUAUGGGUGUCACGCUACAGGUCUUUUCUGCAAGAUCAACUUCAGAAGUCCAUGGAGGAAUACCAGAACACGGUGGAAAGGUUGGAGGAGGUGCGGCUCAACGAGAAAAUCAGUCUCCUCCGCAACGCCAAGGUCAUCGGCAUGACGACCACAGGGGCGGCCAAGUUCCGUAAGAUCUUGCAGGAAGUGCGUCCGCGGCUGGUGAUAGUGGAGGAGGCUGCUGAGGUGUUGGAGGCCCACACCAUCACCUCUCUGAACCCAGAGUGUCAGCACCUCAUCCUCAUCGGAGACCACCAGCAGCUGCGGCCUAGUGCUACAGUGUACGAUCUGGCCAAGAAUUUCAAUCUGGAGGUUUCCAUGUUCGAGAGGCUGGUGAAAUCUGGUUUCCCUUUCGUCAGGCUCAACUAUCAGCAUCGCAUGAGGCCCGAAAUCGCCCGCCUCCUGACUCUUCACAUCUACCCUGAGCUGGAGAACCACCCGUCAGUCAUGGACUACGACAAUGUCAAGGGCAUCCAAACCAAUCUGUUCUUCCUGGAGCACAGACACCUAGAGGAAAACCUCAGAGAUGGGAAGAGUCACGAGAACCAACAUGAAGCCAUGUUUGUAGUUGCUCUGUGUCGCUAUCUUCUGAUGCAGGACUACAAUCCAGAACAGAUUACUAUCCUCACCACGUACAGCGGACAGCUCUUCUGCCUGCGCAAUAUGAUGCGCUCCUCCGAGUUUGCAGGGGUCAAAGUGCAUGUGGUUGACAAGUACCAAGGGGAGGAGAACGACAUUGUCUUGCUGUCUCUGGUCCGCAGCAACACCAUGGGCAGUGUGGGCUUCUUGAGCAUCCCCAACCGUGUCUGCGUGGCAUUAUCACGCGCCAAGAAAGGCCUCUACUGCAUUGGAAACAGUGCAAUACUGAGCAAAGUCAAACUGUGGAGCAAUAUCUUCGGCACCUUGAAAGAGAAGGAUCAGAUGGGCAAAGCGCUCACUCUGUGCUGUCAGAACCACCCAGUAAAACAGAUUCAGGCCGCCUGCUCUGAGGACUUUAAAAAAGCCCCCGAAGGGGGGUGUUUGAUGCCUUGUGAGUUCCGCUUGGACUGCGGUCAUGUUUGUGCUCGAGUAUGCCACCCUUAUGACCCCCAGCACAAGUACUACAAGUGUGAGAAACAGUGUGAGAGAAAACUGUGUGUUCGUGGACACAGUGUGUGCCCAUUGGCUUGUCACCAUCAAUGCCCAGCGUGUCCAGUGAAGAUUGAGAAGACCAUACCAGGUUGUGGGCACAAGCAAAUGAUCCCUUGUUACAUGGACCCUUCUGACUUCAAAUGCAGGGUAAUGGUCCCCCUCAUCCUCAAGUGUGGACAUACCCAGAGUGAUAACUGCUUCUACAAGACAAAGGACUAUGAGCCUAAGUGUAGGACCCGAUGUGACCUACAGCUGAAAUGCGGCCACAGCUGUACUGGUACUUGCUACGAAUGCAACCAGGGGCGCUAUCACCUCCCAUGCUCCUACCAGUGUGAACGUCUGCUCAUUUGUUCCCAUAAGUGCAGGGAACCUUGCACCGGUGAGUGCCCUCCAUGCAAGCUGCCCUGCGAGAACGUCUGCAUCCACAGCAAAUGCAAGAAACGUUGUGGACAACCCUGUGCCCCUUGCGCAGAGCCUUGCGCAUGGCAAUGUCAGCACCAAAGCUGCAGCAAGCGUUGCCACGAAUCUUGUGACCGCCCGCCAUGCAUGAAGCCCUGUUCCAAAAUGCUGGGCUGCGGCCACCCCUGCAUAGGCCUCUGCGGAGACAAAUGUCCAAACAAAUGUCGCGUCUGUGAUCAAGACGAGGUCACAGAAAUAUUCUUCGGCUCUGAGGACGAUCCCGAGGCUUACUUCAUUCAACUGGAGGACUGCGGUCACAUUGUUGAGUCCAAAGCUAUGGACACAUACAUGGAGAUGGACCAGAAGUCAGAGGACAACGAGCAGAUGGUUAUCAAACUGAAAGACUGCCCCAGAUGUCGCACUCCGAUCCGCAGGAACCUUCGCUACGGCUCUCACAUCAACCGCAGCCUGGCCGAGAUAGAGAAAGUCAAGGAGAAGAUAAAUGGACACAAGAUAGAUAUUGAAACUAAAAGAAACACCAUCAAAGUGCAAUGGCAAAAAGGCUACUUCCACAGACAACUUCUUACAUAUUUGCCGUACAAGUGUCAAGAUCAUGUUCAAAGCCAAUUGUCAGAGUCAGAUCUCACCGCUAAUGACUUGCUGGGUCUGGAACAUACAAUGCUUUUUAUUGAGAGAGCCGCCAUGCUUCUCAAGAUCCAAAGAAAGGAGAUGACUGGAAACCAUUGCCUCAGUUUCACAGACAAAGUCGAUGAGUUCCUCCAAUGGCUUCUUCACCCAAAUCAGAAAUUCACUGAACAACAAGUCUCAGAUCUGCAAAAGGAACUGCAGAGACUCACCCUUUUGGCUGAACUCAACGCACGGUGCACAAUGGCAGACGCAAGAGAACAAAUGACAGAAAUACAGGCUGAGGUAGAUGCUAUCAGGAAGGUUCUGGAUAAGAUUGACUCAUUCACAGAACAAGACGCAAUCAAAGUGAAGCUGGCCCUAAAGGAUAUAGAAGAAAAGAUCCCUUACACAGGCCUUGGCAUUAGUGAUAAGGAGAAGGCGAUGGUCGUUUCAGCUCUGAAGUUGCCACCUGGUCACUGGUACAAGUGUCCCAACGGCCAUGUCUAUAUCAUAACGGAGUGCGGAGGGGCAAUGGAGAGCAGACUCUGCCCAGACUGUGAUGCCACUAUCGGUGGACAAAGUCACGCUUUGGCCAGUGGAAACCAGGUCGCCUCAGAGAUGGACGGAGCGCAGCACGCGGCUUGGUCUGAGGGCAAUAAUAUGUUGAAUUUUGAUCAAUUCGACUUUAAUGACUAAAACACGACCACCUGUUGGCUGACCAGUUUUUGCAUGUGGGGAUUGUUAAUUGGUUGGUAGGUUGACAGGAUUAGUAGGUCGGCAAGUUAAUUUGACUACUCUAACCUACUCUUUAGUAGUUUUACAUCUUGCAAAAAUUGUCAUAUGCAAGAAUGUUGGCCGAUUAUAUGGGUAUAAUGAUAAGAACACUAUGUAACUUCAACGCUAUGGUCAAAAUAGUUCUUAAUCUUUUUAGUAACACACAUGCCUAAAAACAGAUGCACACAGUCUAUAAAUAACAUGGCUACACUGGAUCAAUUAGAAAAUAUAUCUUUACGAAGAGCAGUGCAUUUGAAAAACGAAUGAUGAUUUCUUUCUUGUUAAUGCUUUAAGUGUUGUGCUUCAGUUAUUACAUAAACAUAACUGCUUGCACUGCGAUUUAUUGUGUCAACUCUCCACUCAUGAAUCAAAGGACAACUACGUUGGGGAAAAGUACAGCCUACUAAAAUAGCAUUGUCAAGGCAAGUAAUGAAAACAAUGACAUUUUAAAUGGAUGUCUUGCAAAGUUACCGAGGGGGACAAUAAUGGACAAAGAUGCUGACAAUGAAAUAUAAGAAUAUAUUUAUGCUGAAUGAUUAUCUCAUAUAUCAUGUUAAGAUGCUCAUUGUCACAAUUGCAGUAGACCAGUAGGCCUACUUUUUUUACCAGGUCUGGUAGAACCAGGAGUGUGUGUAGUAAGUACCAAAAAAAUAAAGUCAAGAAAGUGAUUUGCUAUUCAUUUACCUGUGAGGAGAAGAAGAGACUGAUCAAAAAGGAAAGAACAAGGUCAUUAUUCUAGAGAGAAAUGCUGUCAAAAUAAGGUUUUCCAUCCUGUAAAUAAAACAAAAAAAGGAAAACAAA